CGCCGCACUACUUCGAGCAACUUGUAAGGCUUCGACCAAUUUCCUUCUCUGCAUCAUAAGACUGCCUCUGUGGAUGGUAUCGACCCUGAUUGACCGUCAUUGGUCUCGUAGAUCAACCACUUCCCCGGCGACAAACGGUAUGGCCCGAUGUCGAACCGGACAACAUUCAGCCAGCGCUACUACUUCGAUGCCUCGUAUUACAAACCCGGCGGUCCCAUCCUGCUGUAUCUUGGGGGGGAGACUUCGGGACCAAGUCGUUUUCCGCUCAUGCAGACGGGUAUCAUCAAGAUCUUGAUGGAGGCUACGAAUGGUCUUGGAAUCAUACUGGAGAACAGAUACUACGGAGAGAGCUUCCCAUUUAACCUCAGCACAACCGACAACUUGAGAUUCCUGACUACUGAGCAAACAAUCGCGGACAAUGCCUACUUUGCCCAGCACGCAACCUUCCCCGGAGUGACGAGCAAUAUCUCCCUCAACGCUCCACACUCCCCAUGGAUCCUCUACGGCGGCAGCUUGGCUGGCUCACAGGCCGCUUUCUCCCUCAAGACGUAUGGAGGCGAUGGCGGGAUCAUCUGGGGUGGGAUCGCUACUAGUGGAGUUACGAAAGCUGUUGUCGGCUAUUCGCAAUGGUAUGCGCCGAUCCAGGAGCUCGCUCCACAAGAUUGCGUGGGCAGUAUCAACGGCAUCGUCGAGAACAUCGAUCGCGUUUUCGACACCGGUAAUCGGACGCUGAUCAACAAGAUGAAAGGGCUAUUCGAUAUGGAGAGCUUGUACGAUGUCGAUUUUGCCCGGGCGAUUGCAUUUCCAAUCGGCGGGCCUUUUGUUUAUCCCGGUUGCACAUAUCAAGAGCUCAACUGGGACGCCAGCGUCGACUGCCCCUACUUCUGGGAAUUCUGCCGCAACGUCACCGACCUCACCGCCUCGGCAAACAUCACAUCUGUAGACUACGCUCUCAGCGAAGCCACAAACGGCGAGCCCUGGAUCAACCUGGGCAACUACGCCAACUACAUCAAGACAGCCAUCAACCCCUACUGCCGGCACCUGCCCCUCAACCACACCCCGCACGGCCACGACUUCUGCUUCGGCACGCAGAACGAAACGUACUGGGCAGAUGUGCGGCCUUGGCCGUUGAAGUCCUUCCUCUACACCUCCUGCACGGAAAUCGGGUUCUACCAGGCCGCACCUGAGUCGGGACCGAGCUUGAUUUCGAAGGUUUUGAAUGUCAAUUACACCCAGCAGUGGUGCAGAUGGGCGUUUCCUCCAGGAAAAUACAACUCCAUCCCAGACAGCCCCGACGUCGACCGCAUCAACAAGUACGGCGGGUACAAUGUCGUGCAAAAGAGACUGGCGCACAUAGAUGGCGCUGCGGACGUCUGGCGCGACGCCUGCUACCACUCCACCGACGCGCCCGAACGCCUGACGCAAAACGCCAUCUCGGCUUACGAGAAUCCGCAACUCCUCAUCGCCGGCGCCGGCCACUGCUGGAAUAGUUUUGGGCUCGGGGGGUUAGCGAAUGUGAGCAUUACGCCGCAGUUCAUCCAGGGGGCGCAGUAUUGGAUCAUUCGGAUUGUGCAGAAGUGGGUGGCUGAGUUUCACGCGCAGGGAUCGUAGGUUGUGAGAUUGGAGGAUGGUAAUGUUUGAAGAGGAUAGACAUACUGCUAAUACCAGAUCGAAUCUAAUCAAG